GGGCAGCAACGAUGUAUCCGGAUACCUGCGUGGACUUGACGCGUCACUUUUCGCGUCCUCGCCCACCAAAUAGUAUAGCUUGCACAGCGCAGUAUGGCCCAUCGAUUCCAUAAGCCACUUCCUGGCCGACUACUGCUUGUGCUCUUCUGACGCAUCUUGCCCACCUGCUGCCCACUACGAUGGUGCUGCUACAUCUUCUCGGCCUCUCCCAUGGCCUCCUUGCUGCUCUGCUGGUGGUGCUUGCGCUCGCUUACCCUGGAGCUCUUCAAGGCGAGGAUCUUGCUCGUCUUCCUCCGUCCGACGCAUGCCGUUGCGGUGUUGCAGGGGCAGCGGCCCGGGGUGCUGCAACGGCUCGGUCCGUGGCGAUGUGGCUCGGGCAUCACCGAGGCGCAGACAGAGGUUAGGAAGCUUGGGUCGUGGUAGGCGCUCG